CUUCCGGCCGGUGGCCCCGAAUACUGUCCCCCGCAGGGCUGCUUUCCAGGGCGUGGCGGAAGCGGCCUGCGCCCCCGGGUCAGCCCGGCCGGAGCGGAAGCUGGGUGAGGUGCUGUGUAAUGCAUCCGGGGGCGGGGCGGCGCCUGCGCAGUGUGUCGGGACCGGGAGGCGACGCUUGAAGGGCUCCGUUGGCCGCCGGGAUGCCGGACUAUCUGGGCGCCGAUCAGCGCAAAACCAAGGAGGAGGAGAAGGAGGAUAAACCCAUCCGCGCAUUGGAUGAAGGGGAUAUUGCCUUGCUGAAAACCUAUGGCCAGAGCACGUACUCAAGGCAGAUUAAACAGGUAGAAGAUGAUAUUCAGCAGCUACUUAAGAAAAUUAAUGAGCUCACUGGGAUCAAGGAGUCAGACACAGGCCUGGCCCCUCCUGCCCUCUGGGAUCUGGCUGCAGAUAAGCAAACUCUGCAAAGUGAGCAGCCACUACAGGUAGCCAGGUGUACAAAGAUAAUCAAUGCAGAUUCCGAGGAUCCCAAGUACAUUAUCAAUGUCAAACAAUUUGCCAAAUUUGUGGUGGACCUCAGUGAUCAGGUAGCACCUACUGACAUUGAAGAGGGGAUGAGAGUUGGUGUGGACAGAAACAAGUAUCAGAUCCAUAUCCCCUUGCCUCCAAAGAUUGACCCAACGGUUACUAUGAUGCAGGUAGAGGAAAAACCUGAUGUCACUUACAGCGAUGUUGGUGGUUGCAAAGAACAGAUUGAAAAGCUGAGAGAGGUGGUUGAAACCCCUCUGCUUCAUCCUGAGAGGUUUGUUAACCUUGGGAUUGAGCCCCCCAAAGGAGUACUUCUCUUUGGGCCACCUGGUACAGGCAAAACCCUCUGUGCCCGUGCUGUUGCUAACAGGACUGAUGCCUGCUUCAUCAGAGUGAUUGGAUCUGAAUUGGUGCAGAAAUAUGUAGGAGAGGGAGCUCGAAUGGUUCGUGAACUCUUUGAAAUGGCCAGAACUAAGAAAGCUUGUCUUAUAUUCUUUGAUGAAAUCGAUGCCAUUGGAGGUGCUCGUUUUGAUGAUGGGGCUGGAGGAGACAAUGAAGUGCAGCGUACUAUGCUGGAGCUGAUCAACCAGCUGGAUGGAUUUGACCCAAGAGGCAAUAUUAAAGUGCUGAUGGCAACAAACAGACCUGAUACUUUGGAUCCAGCACUGAUGAGGCCUGGAAGACUGGACAGGAAGAUUGAAUUUAGCUUACCUGAUCUUGAGGGACGAACUCACAUAUUCAAGAUUCAUGCUCGUUCAAUGAGUGUUGAAAGAGACAUAAGAUUUGAGUUGUUGGCUCGACUGUGUCCUAAUAGCACAGGUGCUGAAAUUCGCAGUGUCUGCACAGAGGCAGGCAUGUUUGCCAUCAGAGCACGUCGAAAAAUCGCUACAGAGAAAGACUUCUUAGAAGCUGUGAACAAAGUCAUUAAGUCGUAUGCAAAAUUCAGUGCUACGCCCAGAUACAUGACCUACAACUAACUUCUUGAAAUUAAAGGAAAAUAUGUUCCUGUUGUUAAUCUUGCUAUUAAACAAAAAGCUUGAGUAACUGUUGAGGGUGUGUUUGAUGUCUAAUCUUGUUCUGAGUCUAGAAAUAAAAUAUAUAAUUCCAAAUGA